CCCGGGCAGCAGGGGGCGCUGCGAGCGUCUGAUCCGCGCGGAAGAGGCACGGCUUCAUCGCUCUCUCCGCUGCACUAUCAUGGUGAGGACGUACAAAAGGAAGACGACCCGCGCGAGUACGGCUCCUGACACCAUGCUGAAGGCCGUCCGGCAGGUGCUGGUGUUCAAGAAAACCAUCCGCGGUGCGGCAGAAGAGUUCGGCAUCAACUACCGCACGCUGGCCCGCUACUGCACCAAAAUCCCGCGUGAGGAGGUGGAGGGCAGCGCGGAGCACCCCAGCUGCACCGUGGGCUUCAUCGGCGCGCGGCAGGUCUUCAGCCCCGAGCUGGAGGCCGAACUCCUCGCCUACAUUUUACUGGCGUCUGACGUUUAUUACGCGCUCCCGCCGCGAGCGAUCCGCAAACUGGCCUACCAGCUAGCCCAGAGCCACCAGCUGCACACGCCGCCCUCGUGGAGGGACAACAAACAGGCCAGCGCAGACUGGUUCGCCAGCUUCUUAAAGAGACACCCGCUGCUGUCCAUCAGGAGUCCGGCGAGCGUCUCGAGCAGGAGUCACGACGAGGUGUUUUACAGUAAGCUGACGGCGCUGACGGAGCGACACAGUUUCAGACCCGAGCACAUGUGGAUCAUGGAGGAGAUGGGAAUCACUACGGCCCAGCGGCCGGAUCGAGUGCUGGCCCGGAGAGGCCUGAGACAAACGUCUGCGGACCGCGGACCCCUGGUGAGCGUCGCCUGCGCCGUCUCCGCCGCCGCUCACGUGAUGCCGCCCUACUUUGUGUUCCCGCGGGUGCAGUUCAGGGAGCAUUUCCUCAGCGGCGCGCCCGCGGGAAGCUCUGGCGGAGCCCAUCUGAGUGGCUGGAUGAGGGAGGAGCAGUUCCUCGACUUCCUACAGCACUUCACGCGACAGACCGACUGCACCGCGGAGAGACCCUGCCUGCUGCUGCUGGACAGCCACGCCGCGCACCUGUCCAUCGAGGGCCUCAACUUCACCAAAGCUAGCGGCGUGGUGUCUCUCUGUUUCCCGCCGCACUGCUCCCAGCAGCUGGAGCGCACACUUUAUGGCCCGUUUAAGAAGAGCGUCAACACGGCCGUCGACGGCUGGAUGCUGGGCAGUCCGGGGAGGAGCAUCACCAUUCAUCACGUGCCGGGAAUCAUCGCCUCCGCGCUGCCGCUGGCGGCCACACCGGACAACAUCAGCGCAGCGUUCAGAGCCUGCGGGAUCUUCCCUCUCAACCCAAACCAGCCGGGUCCGGUCGCUCCCAGCGGUUCAGACUCGAGCGGUGACGCGGCCGAACGCUCGGCGGAUCCGGCGACAGCAGGCCGAGACUCGGAGCAAACGGUUAAUGUGCAAGAGAAGGACUGCCGUCUCGACUGGCUCUCCUGCGAUUACACCGCUGCAGAGACCUGCAAAUAAAACACAGCAGGACUUGUUCUUCAAUAAUAACCCAAGACGCGAUUGACCAGAAUCUCUCUUUGUCUUUUAUAGUCACACACGUUCUCUUUGCUUAUACAGUUUCUACAGUUCAGAACCAUCAACAAUGUUUCAGUGUUUGUUACUUUCUGCACUGUUGCCAUUUAAUGAAUUGUUUUUGUGUAAAUAGUAAUUAAAUGAGACACAUUUUAAAUGCAUAAAUUGUGGAAGAUGGCUUUUUUUAUACUCUAGAUUCUAGAAAGUCUUUUUCUCUGCUCUGUGUCAUUAAACAGCAGUCACGGCUGUGACAACAUGCCCCGCUAUAGGUGUUUCUGUUUCUU